UCUAGUCUCAAUCGAUUUGGAGUGCAUCUCACGCGGAUGUUCCGCGUCUUGUGACGUAUUUUAUAAAUAUCCACGGCAAACAAAUUAAAAGCAAGCUCACUAAAAAAGAUAAAUCGUGCCAAUAACACAAAACAAAAAUAGUUAUUAGUUAUCUCAUUCUUAUCAAAUAUAAUAAUAAUUAAUAAAAGUAAUAAUGGAAAAACUGAUUGAUGAUGAGGGAGAAAUAUAUAACUCAAUAUCACCCGAGGUAGCACCGGUCGCUGUGCAAAAGUCUGUUUUAAACGAGAUGGAGCCGAGCAACAUAUCGAUAGUGACGACAAAUGGUACCGCUGAUAGUAAUAUCGGAAAGUCUAAGACGACGAUAAGCUUGCCGUCUGCGGCCAAAUUUACUAAUGCUGCACAGAAAAAAGCUCCUUGGCUUAAAAGCUUGUUCCAAGAUGAGUGCUCUGCAUGGGAAACAACUAAAUGCGGCUUAGCCGAAUUAAUUGGAACGGCUGUACUGGUCUUUUUAGGAUGUAUGGGAUGUGUUGGGAGUAUGGGCACUCCACCUUCUUCACUUCAAGUAUCAUUUGCUUGGGGAAUUGUAGUUAUGAUUGUUGCACAGUCUAUUGGACACAUAAGCGGAGCUCAUAUUAACCCCGCUGUAACAGUAGGCGCAGUUGUUAUGGGAAAAAAAUCAUUGACUGGAGCGUGUGUUUAUUUCGUUGCCCAAUGCCUCGGCGCUAUAUUAGGCUACGGUUUACUCAAGGUUGUAACACCGUCGGACCUCCUUCUGGCUUCAUCAACGUCACCAGCAGAAACAUUCUGCAUUACCGAUCUCCACGGAAAAAUCCCAGUGAUCCAAGGACUUCUUGGAGAAAUAAUCGCGACGGCAGUCCUAAUGUUCAUGCUUUGUGCUAUGUGGGAUGAACGCAAUGCCAAUAAUACGGAUUCCGGAGUUAUCAAGUGCGGACUGACGAUCGCUGCUCUGUGUAUGGGGCUCGGUCCAUACACCGGAUGCAGUUUGAACCCCGCGAGGUCACUCGCUCCUGCGAUUUGGAAUAACUACUGGAACCACCACUGGAUCUUCUGGUUUGGACCCAUCGGAGGAUCUUUGCUCGCUUCUGUUUUGUACAGAUCAGUAUUUUCACUGCCUCAGUCCAGUUUACCAGAGUGUCAAUCCCUCAAUACUCAAAAGGCUGAGAUCUGAGCUCAAUCAAGGGUUGAGUGUACCAGUAUUGGGAAUUUGUGAUGAUAAAACUCUGAAAAAUUUUGUUUUUUACGAUGAGAUUUGAGAAGUACUGAUUAAGGGUAUUUUUAUAUGAGUGAGAUUUAAAAAAAAAUAAUUCUUCAGGAUUAGUACUCAGCAUUUUUGCAAGAAAAUUGAUGAUACUAUUAUUGAUCUCUAUUUGUUUUUUGUUAAAUUACAUUGAAUACUUUAGAUUUCAAGUCAGAUUGGAGUUGGUAUUUGACGAGAGAGGUAUCUAAAAAAUUUUUGUAAAGAAACGAUUACCUCAAAUUGGUGUCGACAUGAAAAAAAAAAAUUAAUGGAUGAAAAUAUUGUGUUUUUAUAAUUUUAAGAAAGCGGUACUUAAAUUGAUAAACAAAAUUUAUUUUAAAAGUCAAGGAAAUAUUUUAACUUUCAAUGACUUAAGUUCUUAUCUAAAUAUUAAAUGACUUAUUUUGAUAAGAUGUAAUUAAAAUUCACUUUAAUUGAUUAAUUGUAUAAAUUAUAAUAAUCAUCACAUGCCAAAAAUGUAAUUAUAUAGUGAUUGAAAUUGAUAAACUAAAAUCAUAAAUUAAAAAAAAAUCCUAUUUAUGGCAAAACAGAGAUUAUCUUUAGUUAAAUAAUAUUAAAUAAAAUCUUUAAGGAACCUUCCUUCAUAUUUAAUUUAUAUAAUCGAUAAGAUCAUUAAAUUCCAAUUAUUAAAGUUAGAAAUAAAAUUUAAUAAGUUAAUUAAUAAUGUAAUAGUACCUGUAAUUUAUGAUUAUAUGUUGUUAUUGUUUAAAGAAUAAUUGAUACUUAUAACUUAUAAGAUAAAAAAUGAUGCGAUAGAUAUUUAAAAAGAUGAACAUAUCGUUUAAGCAUAAGCUGGUCGACUGCUAAGUAAUAAAGUUAUAAGAUUUUAUAAGCAAUGUAAUUAAUAAUUAAUUAUUAAAUAUAUAUUUAAUAUUUUUUUUU